GGCGAGCGAGAAGAGAAUAUAUUAAGUAAAGGCAAUUUAUGAAUUUUUGUCCAUCUCGAUAAUUAUCUCUUUCAACUAUUGAAAUCGAUGCACAGAAUUAUUAAAUCGAUAAGCGAUACAAUUGAGCAUGUACUUCAAUUUGAAUUGAUUAAUCAAUGAUUUUAAAGAAAAGCGUAACUAGUAAAGUUAUAUAUUAAAAUUAAUGGUAUAUAAAUCUAUAUAUAAUUAUGUACUAUAAUUUAAACCACACACAAAACAAACACAAGAGAAAUCAUUAAACAAAACAUAAAAAAAACAAGUUUGCUAAAAAUAAAUCGAAUAAUUUAGCAAAUGGAUAUAAAUUGAUUUUUAUUCAACACAAAAAAAUAGAGACAACUUAUAGUAUUAUCUUUAGAAACAGCAGGACCUAUGAACCGCUGUGAAAUUCCACUAGAAAGUCUGUUCUCAUAUGAUCGUUAUGUCCAUAUGUGGGAUAUUUUUGAUCUAUGGAAUUUUCCUAUGUGGUAGUUGAACUUUUAUACAAAAUUCGAAAGCUUUUUGAGCUAAGCCAUCUUCGUAAUUAACCUAAUCGCCAAUUGAGAUGUAGGAUGUGCGCCAAUUAGUAGAGUGAAUUGAGCAAAAGCUCGUGGACUGAGAAUCUGACAUCUAACUUUCAGUCGAGUCUCUAAUUUGAUUAGAUUAGAUUAGGCAACAUCUGAUUAGGUUGUUGCAUUCUGAUGAUCGUGGUGAGACGACACGAAGAGGAGAAGUUGAUUGUUGUUCAGUCAAUGUUUUUGCACAAAAAACAAAUUUGACAAAUUUAAGUUAUUUGUUGUUAUUUACAAAGGUGGUUGGUUGGCUGCUUUUUUUUGUUUACGCGAACUCGCUGGUAGUACUCGCAUCUGAUCUAAAUGCUUUUUCAAUGAACUCAGUGGGUUCAGUUAAUACCCAAGCAUCAUGCUGAAGACACCAAGCACCCAAUGCUGGUCGCUAUUAUUGAUCAUUUCGUUGAUCUUGACGUUUUUUUUGAUGUUCACCUAUGGACAGUUCGUGCCGCGUCAACUGCAUUUUUGGAACCUCUUCGGAUUAAUGCGGAAUAAUGGCAGUGAGAUUGAGGAGUCUGCGCCACAGCUGGAGUUCUUUAUGCCUCCAGAGCCAGUUGAGAAGCAGCUGAAACUCAAGCGUGGUGCGCCUUUUAUAUAUCAGAUAUUGCACUAGUUACAUCGGAUAUAUAUUCUAUUAAAUUGAAUGCUUAACUAUACAUAUAUUAUUAAAAAUAAAUUACACAUUCGUAUGUUUAAGAGUAAUUGGUGGCUUUGCUAGCAUCACAUUCAAAUGUUUGUGAGGCUUCGUGGUAGCCCUCAAACGUCCGAUUUUUGGUUAAGCGCCGCAUACCCGACCGGAAUCUCCUUCAUCUCGGUUUGCAGGCAAAGGAACUCACCGCCAAUGCACAUUAUGGUCGCUGUGAUAACGUUCAACAGCCACCAAGAGGCAUUUGCUGGAAACGAGCGAUUGUACCACCAGCAGAUGAGCAGGUGCAGCAAAUGGAACGUGCAACUGCAAAAUUAGAAAGGAUCAGAUAUGUAUGUGGAUAAUUAAUAUGUAUGUAUGCAGAAAUGAUACCUAAAGUCGAGGCAGAGCUUGGCACGGCGUACAAUGCACCACAAGGCCAGCGAUGCUACAAAAGCGUUUACGACAAAGGCGCAGAUCACCAAACGACCACCCAGAUCGUAUAUAUGUAUUUCCUG